AUGAGCCCGAAAGAGCCCGGGCAGGGCCUCGUGGGGCACCGCUUCAGAACCCGGGCUCCAGUGGGAGUCACCCCCGCACCCCCACCCACAGCCCAUUCCUCUCCAGAGCCCUCAGCGCAGCCUGCACCCGCCCCUGCGCAGGCACUGACGGAAGGACCGCGAAUGGGAUCCAGAUCCCCAUCCGUCUCGGUACCCGCCCCCGCCGGAGCUCGCCCGACCUCCAAGGCUGGAUCCCCGACAGGAACACCGCGCGCGUCCGCAUUCGCAGCCUCCCAGCGGAAUGCCCAGUUUGGGCCCGGCAACUCGGACGCGCAGUGGACUCGCUUCAUAUUCCGAGGGCCCUUUGGUCCCCGGGCCACUGGCCUGGGGACUGAGAAGGCGGCGGGCAUCUGGAAGACGCCGGCUGCCUACAUUGGACAGCGGCCUGGGGUGUCGGGCCCCGAGCACGCCGCCUUUAUUCGGGAGCUGGAGGAAGCGCUGUGCCCUGACCAACCCCCACCAGCCGGGAUCACCCAAGAAGAUGUCAAAGUGAUGUUAAAUUUGCUAGAGAAGCUGUGUACUGCUUUCCCUGUCCAGCUUCUCCCACCAGUCUGGGAGAGCCCAGAAACAGGAAAGUAUUCCCCGUGGAUGGGGGUCCCUCUGCAGAGAGAGCGGGACCUAAAUACUGCAGUUUGCAUUGGCCAGUCCCUGGUGAGACAGAACAGUGUUCUGAUGGGGGAGCACAGCAAACUGGAAGCCAUGCUGGGCUCAGCCAGGGAGGACAUUUUACACCUCAGAUACCAGGUGAGCUUGAGAGAUGACCUCCUUCAGCUCUACUCAGACUCUGAGGAGGAGGAGGAGGAAGAAGAGGAGGAGGAGCCGGAGGAGGAAGAGCAGCAGCACUAUCAUUCCUAUGGAGCCCCUGAGCCGACUUGUCUGCGGGAGAUGGAGGUCCUACAUGACUGCCCGCAGCUGGAAGCCCUGCAGGAGCAGCUGAGGCUGCUGGAGGAGGAGAACGAGCAGCUGAGGGAGGAGGCCUCUCAGCUCUACCCCCUUGAUUGUGUGGAGCAAGUUUUGUACGUGAAGUUAUACAGGCUGUGCCGCAGUGAGGUGCAAGAGCAGGACCGGGGCUUAGAGGCUGAGAAGGGGUUACUGACAGCAGAGGAUUUUGUGGCGGAAGAUUUUGUGCCUGUGGAGGAAUUGGUGCCUGAGGAGGAACUGGGGGCCACAGAAGAGGUGGCGUCAGCUGAGGAGGGGGCAACAGAAGAGGCAGAGCUGGUGUCUGAGGAGGCCGAGGCCUGGGAGGAGGUGGAGCCGGAGCUGGAUGAGGCAACGCAGGGGAACGUAGGGACCUCAGCGCUGGAGGCUAGCGGCUUGGGCCCCUCUCACCUAAACAUGAAGCGUGUCCUCCAGCAACUGGCUAACUGGCUGGAUGCGCGUUAUAGUCGGCAGUUGAGGCUGAAGAUGCUCCAGAAAGGUGAGUGCUCCCACAGGGGCCUCCCUCCGGCCAGCCAGACCAGCUACAGAUCAUCAAUGAAAGGCUUUGCUGGUUCCCAGCAGCCUGCAGAGGCCCCACAGACAGCCUGA